AUGAGAAAAAACACCUCUGUGAUUGAGUUUGUCAUACUGGGCUUCUCUGAUUACCCAGACAUGAAUCCUGGUUUGUUCAUGGUUUUUCUAUGUAUUUACAUCAUCACAGUGCUGGGCAACAUCCUCAUCAUUAUCAUCAUAAGUGUGGAUCCUGUUCUUCACACUCCUAUGUAUUUCUUCCUCAGGACCUUGUCUUUCCUGGAGAUCUGUUACACAUCAGUGACUCUACCCAAGAUACUAGCCAACUUGGUCUCAGAGAGUAAAACCAUGUCCUUUGCCAGUUGUGCUGUACAGAUGUAUUUCCAUCUAUUCUUCGGUGUUACUGAAUGCUUUCUGCUUGCUUGUAUGGCCUAUGACCGCUACAGUGCCAUAUGCAAACCAUUGCACUACACUGCCAUCAUGAAUAAGAGGGUUUGCAUCCAGCUGACAGGUGCCUCAUCUAUCUGUGGCACCUUGGCGGCCAUGGGGCACACAACUUUUGUCUUCACACUUCCUUUUUGUGGAUCCAAUGUAAUCAAUCACUUAUUUUGUGAAAUCCAACCAGUGCUGAAGCUGGUGUGUGGGGACACCUUUUGGAUUGAGAUCCUGAUAAUUUUGGGUGCUGCCUUCAUCCUCAUACUGCCUUUCAUGCUGAUCCUGGUGUCCUACAUCUAUAUCAUCUCCACCAUCCUGAAAAUUAGGUCCACUGAAGGCAGGCGCAGAGCCUUCUCCACCUGCUCCUCACACCUCAUCGUGGUAACAUUGUUCUAUGGGCCGGGCCUUAUCAUGUAUCUGCAUCCCAAGUCCAGUUUCUCCCCAGAUGUGAACAAGUUACUCUCUGUGUUCUACUCAGUGGUGACUCCGAUCUUGAACCCCAUUAUCUACAGCUUCAGGAAUAAGGAGAUGAAAAGUGCUUUGAGAAAAAUAAGGAUGAAGAUAUGUGACACAAAAGUUAAGGCUGUAGAAAAUAACGGAGCAGUUAGGUCACUGAUUCUGAGAGAUCUGAAUCGCUUGGUUAACUGUGAACAAGCAUACUAUUGGCUUUUUAAUCCAGCUACAUUGUUGAUCAAGGAAAAAAUGGGAAAUAAGACCUCCGUGACUGAGUUUGUCAUACUUGGCUUCUCUAACCACACAGACGGGAAUAUCAUUCUGUUUGUGGUGUUUCUAUGCAUAUACAUCUUCACAAUGCUGGGCAACAUCCUCAUAAUCAUUGCCAUAAGUGUCGAUCCAGCCCUUCACACCCCCAUGUAUUUCUUUCUCAGGAACUUGUCCUUCCUGGAGAUCUGCUACACCUCAGUCACUCUGCCCAAGAUGCUGACCAACCUCCUCUCAGAAGACAAAACCAUCUCCUUUGCUGGUUGUGCUGUACAAAUGUAUUUCUUUCUAUUCUUUGGUGGAACAGAGUGCUUCCUCCUAGCUGCUAUGGCCUAUGACCGCUACUGUGCCAUAUGCAACCCACUGCGCUACACCGCCAUCAUGAAUAAGAGGGUUUGCAUCCAGCUCUCUAGUGGCGCAUGGAUCUGUGGCAUGCUGGUGGGCCUGGAGCACACAAUCUUUAUUUUCACACUUCCUUUUUGUGGACCCAAUGUUAUCAACCACUUCUUGUGUGAGAUCCAGCCACUGCUGAAGCUGGUGUGCGGGGACACCUACUGGAAUGAGAUCCAGAUCAUCGUGGGUGCUGCUAUCAUCCUCAUUCUGCCAUUGUUGCUGAUCCUGGUCUCCUACACCUUUGUCAUCUCCGCCAUCCUGCAAAUUAGCUCUGCCGAAGGCAGGUGCAAAAUAUUUUCCACCUGCUCCUCACACCUCAUUGUGGUGACCUUGUUCUAUGGGAUGGCCCUUAUCAUGUAUGUGCGCCCCAAGUCCAGCUUUUCUCCAGAUGUGAACAAGUUACUCUCUCUGUUCUACUCAGUGGUGACUCCGAUCUUGAACCCCAUUAUCUACAGCCUCAGGAACAAGGAGGUGAAAGAUGCCUUGAGGAAAACAGGGAUGAAGAUGUUCCAUCCACAAAAAUAG